GAUUUGGAAUGCUUUGACUGAUAAUUAUGGUAAUGUAAUGCCAGUUGACUGGAAAUCUUCCCACACCAGAGCUUUGCACUUGCCAACACUAAAUCUUUCUGAAAAAGGGGUAAACAAUAACUUGAACCUUGACCUGUCAGACGAUGAAGAGCUGAGAGAACAGUUGGAUAUGCAUUCUAUCAUUGUUUCGUGCAUCAAUGAUGAACCACUUUUCACAGCAGAACAGGUGAUUGAAGAAAUAGAGGAAAUGAUGCAGGAAUCACCUGAUCCAGAGGAUGAUGAAACACCCACCCAAUCAGAUCGGCUCUCCAUACUUUCCCAGGAAAUUCAGACACUCAAGAGAUCCAGUACGAACAACAGCUAUGAAGAGAGAGUAAAAAGAUUGUCUGUCACUGAGUUAAAUGAGCUGCUAGAAGAAAUUGAGACUGCUAUUAAGGAUUAUUCCGAGGAACUGGUGCAGCAAUUGGCUUUACGAGAUGAGUUGGAGUUUGAGAAGGAAGUGAAAAACAGCUUCAUUUCUGUCCUCAUCGAAGUACAAAACAAACAGAGAGAACACAAAGAAACAGCGAAGAAGAAAAAGAAGCUGAAAAAUGGUAGUCCUCAGAAUGGCAAACAAGAAAGAGGUCAUAUGCCUGGAACACGCUUCAGCAUGGAAGGGAUCUCAAAUGUCAUACAGAAUGGCUUCCGCCACACGUUUGGAAACUCAGGUGGAGAGAAACAGUACUUAACAACCGUCAUUCCUUAUGAGAAGAAAAAUGGACCCCCAUCUGUUGAAGAUCUUCAAACAUUAACCAAAAUCCUGCAUGCCAUGAAAGAGGAUAGCGAGAAAGUGCCAAGCUUGUUAACAGACUAUAUUUUAAAGGUUCUGUGUCCUACAUGAAGAGGGCUGCCUUUCAAAUUAGUCAUUCUCCUUCCUGGAUGAGAAGCUUUCCAUGUAUAUAACUCAUAGUAUAUUUUCAUUUGGCACGAUACCUAAACCAGUUUGCAUUUACCUCCUCUAUGUGUGCGUGGAUUUUCUGAUCCUACAGUAAGUCGUCUGGGCAUGUCAACUCAUCCAUUUUAACUUAAUAGCGCAAGGAACCGGAGCAGGAAACAAACCGUGUACAGUUUUACUCGUGCUGUUCUGGCUUUUUAAAGUCUAUUUUUACAUUGUAUAGCAUGUAGUAAAUCCUUCUGCACAUUUUGUUGUUGGAAGGAAACAUAAGUUUUGAAUAGUGUAAAUAAAAUAAGCCUAGUUUUAAGGAAUCC